CCAUGGCACUGCAGCUGACCAAACACAGUUGGACCCAGCAGAGCGUGUGAGCCUUGCCUUUGAGGAGACCAGCCCAGGCAGGCAGCUGCCGGGAGAGGAGGCCUCAGCCACGAUCCUGGACAUGGAGGGGAAGACAGAGCCGGUCAGUAAAAGGGAGGAGCCAGAGGGCACCGAGCCCAUGCCUGCAGGAGACGAGGAGAGCUCUGAGCUGCCCUCUGUGUGGCGAGAGGAGAGCGGGGGGCCUUCGCCGCCAGCGCCAGAAGAUGCUGGGGCACCAUCGCCAGGACCAGCAGAGGACAGUGGGCUGGUAGAGGGCACUGACAACUCUGCAGUGGAAGUAGUCGAGAGAGUACAUACUACUGAAGAGGACCACCUCAUUGAGGGUGAGACGGGAGAACAGGUGGAAACUGAGCUGCUCAGUGAGACAGUAAGUGAAGGGCCUGAAACAAAAGAAGAAGAAACAGGAGAAGCUGUGGAUAGUGCAGCAGCGACAGAGAUAGGUAUGUUGACAGAGGAGGGAAGGACCACAUGGGUUAUUGUUUAACAGACAGCAAAGACUGUGGUGUCCUUAAUGAGCAUACCUUGUUAUUACCCUGUUGGCAUACAGCUGCUUUCUGCUUUUUUUACACAAGAGAGUCAAAAGUACUUUACAUUAAAAGACAUUUUUGGAAGCAAUCCAUUGGAAGUCAUGCUUUUUACAUGGGUCAUCUUUAUAUAAUACAUGAGCCUUACC